GCGAGCGUGGCGAGCGCACGUGCAGCGGAACGUAUAUAUUCUUGUUCAGCGGGAUCGAAAUCGGGGAAAAAAAAUCGAGACAUACACAAAAAUCGAAGCACAUUAUGUAUAGCACACGCAAUUGAAAUUAAUUUACGCGUCGCUGCCCAUCUGCAUAAGUUCAAUGGAAGCAGAGGCAAAAGCCGGAGCAAAAGCACACACCGUGUACUGAGAGGAAAAGUAGAAAAAUGUGAAGAAAGUGCAACAAAGUCGAAUUAGUAAAUCAAAAAAAAAAAAAAAAAUACAAGAAGUGCGCCUAACAACAAUACAAUAAAACAAUCAUCGCGUGUUCGUCCAUAUGUUAAGCAAAGGUUAAUUAGACAGACUGCAAUUAUUCCGCGUUGCAGUUGGCUGUGGAGUACGAGAAACAUUUCUUUGUGUUUAUGUGUUUUCAUUCAAAAAAAUUCGUUACGCGUCUACUCUUACGACUUCCCGAGAAGAAUCCAAAUUAUUCGUGUACUACUGCGAAGAAAAAACCCGCUGAAGAGCUUGCAGUCAAGAGAUACCCAUCCUGACCAGAAACAUUGAGGAUUUCGUGCAAACAUGACCCUCUUGCCAGACAUCAAGGCAUCGGAUGCCGCCUGCUGCGUGGGAGGUGCGAACAGCGAUGCCAGCAGCAGUUCCGGCGUCUGCAGCCUCAAGGGUCACCAUGGUGACCCCGACGGCGGUUGCCUGGGCAUCAACUGUUGCACCACGGCGGCCAGCUCGGAGCUAUCCAUCGACGAGACGUCAUCGACCUCGUCCAGGGGCUCCUCCGAGCUGACCAGCAAGGUGACCAACGACCUGAACGGAUUCCAGAGGCCAAACUACCACCAGGCGGUGGCGCAUGCCAACUUCGACCACUGCGAUCCCGUGGACAUCCAGUUCGCCGACGUGCGCUACGCAGUGAAGAAGUUCUCCUUCCCGGAGCGGAAGUUCGUCACCAAGGAGAUCCUCCAUGGCCUGAACGGCAGCUUCCGGUCUGGCGAGCUCACCGCCAUCAUGGGUCCUUCGGGCGCCGGCAAGAGCACGCUGCUGAAUGUGAUGUCCGGAUUUUGCUCCACUGGCGUGUCGGGCGAUAUCCGGGUGAAUAGAAAGCCCAUGGCUCCCAGCUCCGAGAGGUUCCGCCGAAUGCUGUGCUACAUCCACCAGGACGAUCUGCUGCGUCCACAGCUGUUGGUCGGCGAGAUAAUGCUGCUGGCGGCCCAUCUGAAGCUGGGCUUCAAGGUCACCAAGGCGUACAAAAUGGAUCUGAUCAAACACAUCUUAUCGCUGCUGGGUCUGGACCAUCGCUACAAUGUGCCCACUGGGAAGCUCUCGGGUGGCCAGAAGAAGCGGCUCGCAAUCGCCCUGGAGCUGAUAAGUAAUCCUCCCGUGCUAUAUCUGGAUGAGCCGACGACUGGCCUGGACAGCUCCUCGUGCAGCUCCUGCGUGGCUCUGCUGAAGAAACUGGCCUCCCAGGGCCACACGAUUGUCUGCACCAUCCACCAGCCGAGUGCCCUGAUCUUCGAGAUGUUCGACAAGCUCUACACCGUCGUCGAUGGCCACUGCAUGUACCAAGGACCUGUGCGGGAACUGGUGCCCUUCCUGGCCGACCAGCAGCUCGUCUGCCCGAGCUACCACAACCCAGCUGACUAUCUACUGGAAGUGGCCGUGGGCGAGCAUCAACGUGACCUGAAUGAGCUAAUCCAUGCGGCCAAUAAAAAGUAUUACGAGGAUGUGGAUCGCUGUAGUUAUAUGAGCAGUGCCGAUAUGGCACGCCUCGUGGAAACCAUUAAAGAAAACAUGGGCGGCAAGACAGUGGUAAAAACCAGUGAAGCGCUGGCAGCAUUUGCGGCGGCGCAAUACUCCUGCUUCGACUACGCCUCGCCGCAGGAGCUGGCUCUGGAGGAGAUCAAGGCACUGAGCGGCGCCCCCGAGAGCGCGAAUCCAGAUCUCCUCGAGAAAAAUCUGAAGCCACAGCCACAGCCCCUUGCCAGGCCGCCGAAUGCCAUCCGAUCGGCCUCGUUCCUCAUGCAGUAUGUGCUCCUGAUGCAGCGCAUCUUGAUCUGCGCCAAGCGAAACUACUUUCUGCUGCUGGCCCGCAUCUUCUCGCACAUUUUCAUCGGAGUCGUCUUCGGGUAUCUGUACAUGAACGUGGGCAACAAUGCCCAGAGUGUGCUGGGAAACUACGUGUAUCUGUACGGCUCCACGCUGCUCUUGGUCUACACCGGCAAAAUGGCUGUGGUCUUGACAUUUCCGCUGGAAAUUGACAUGCUGACACGGGAGCACUUCAACCGCUGGUACAAACUGGGUCCCUACUUCCUCUCGCUGAUCUCCUUCGAAAUACCCUUCCAGAGCCUCUGCACCGCCAUGUACAUCAUCAUCAGCGUGCAUCUGACUGGAAACGAUGCCACGGACUCAUUCCGGAUCAACUACUUCAUGCUGCUGGGCAUAAUGGCCUCGUUGAGUGCACAGGCCUGGGGCUUCUUCGUGGGAGCCACGUUGCCAACCAAGCUUGCCGUGUUUCUGGGACCCAUUCUGGCGGUGAUGUUCUCCGUUUUUGGAUUCUGCACGCGCUACAUCGACAUCACGCCCCUCUUCCGAUGGAUGUGGCACCUGAGUUACUUCCGGGCCGGAUUCCACGGGGCGUUGAACGCCAUCUACGGGAUGGAUCGACCCUUUCUGGAGUGCCCCGAGACUGCGAUGUACUGCCACUUCCGCAGCCCGAAGGUCUUCCUCAAGUACAUGAUGAUAUCGGAUGUGCACAUGUCCGACUGCCUGAUCCUCAUGGGCAUCGUGAUUGGAGUCAUGCAUGUGCUGACCCUCAUCACGCUGUGGCACAAGCUCAACAAGCGAUAG